GGAUUGCUCAGCCGUACCAGCGCAGAGAAGAAGUUCAAGAACGUUAAUCUUGUGAUCCUAGAAAAACAAAAUGGAGAACCAGCUUUGCAAGCUCUUUGUCGGCGGCCUGAACGUCCAGACCACAGAUGACGGCCUUCGCCAGCAUUUCGAGCAGUAUGGGGAGCUGACCGACUGCGUUGUUGUCCAAAACCAGCAGCUCCAGCGCUCCCGUUGCUUCGGGUUUGUCACCUACUCGACUGCGGAGGAGGCUGAUGCAGCAAUGGCGGGCAGGCCUCAUACUGUAGACGGCAACAACGUGGAGCUGAAGAGAGCCGUGGCCCGGGAGGACGCCGGCAAACCCGAGGCCCUCGCCAAGGUGAAGAAAAUCUUCAUCGGCGGCCUGAAAGAGGACGUGGAGGACGAACACCUAGCAAACUACUUCUCCCAGUUCGGUGCGCUGGAGAAAGCCGAAGUGAUCACCGACAAGGAGACUGGCAAGAAGCGCGGCUUCGGCUUUGUCUACUUUGAAGACAACGACUCUGCAGACAAGGCCGUGGUGCUCAAGUACCACACUAUCAACGGGCACAAAGUGGAGGUGAAGAAAGCCCUCUCCAAGCAGGAGAUGCAGGCCAGCGGCGGCAGAGGAGGCCGAGGCAGAGGAGGGCGCGGAAGAGGACAAAAUGGCUACGGCGGUGGCAGAGGAGGUGGCGGCUACAACAGCUAUGGCGGCGGCUACGGGGGCAAUGAUGGCGGCUAUGGCGGUGGCUACGGGAGCGGUGGCGGCUAUGGGAGCAGCGGCGGAUACGGGGGCAGUGGCGGCUACGGAGGAGGAUAUGGAGACCAAAUGGGCGGCUACGGCAACGGAAACGGCUACAGUGACUUUGGCAGCAACUACGGCCAGCAGUCCUCUGGCUACGGAGCGAUGAAAGGGGGUAACUACUCCUCCGGCAGAAGCAGCGCACCUUACUCCAGAGGUGGCGGCAGCUACGGCAGAGGGGGCUAUGGAGGCUCCUACUAAGGCGAGGCCUGCGUCGCUCCCGCUGUGUGGCUACACAAAGAGCGGCUCCAUCGCAUAGCCAGAAUCAAAGCCCACGGUCCUAUACUGGAUUCCCCACAAACAGAACUCGAUACACUUCUUUAAAUGUCUGGCCGAAUUCUGGAAUGGGAUUGACGGGCACACUGUGAACACCCAGUCCUAGCCCUGAGGAAAAGGAGACCUCACAAUCCCAGGCUGGUCCUAACAGGUAGGGAAACCCUUGCCAGAAAUCCGACUACUUAAAAUGGCCACAGUGUUUAGCAGCAGUACAAGAAGCUACAAAGCUAUAGAAGCAGAUGCCGUCGCCUUUCCUAAUUCGCUAGACCAUUUCCUCGUCCAGGGUUAAGAUCUGAUUGCCUGGAUUUAUAUUAUUUUUUUGUGGGGGGGGGGCAUUAAUUUGAGUUUAUUGUAAUCGUCCCUGACCGUAAUUAACCUUUUUUCUGUAUAUCUAUAAUAAAAAUUAACCUUUAUGGAGA